AUGAAGAAGGAGAAUAGCGAAAAGGAGGAGGAGGAGGAGAUGAAGAAGACAAAGAAGGAGAAGCAGAAGAACGAGAAGAAGAAGAAAAGAAGGUUCAUACGGAUGUUCCCUACCUUUCGAUGUAGUAUCACUGGACUGGAGCAGAAUGCCAAAUACAUUCUACUCAUGGACAUCGUGCCCGUCGAUGACACUCGCUACAAAUACCACAACUCUGAGUGGGUAGUAUCCGGUAAAGCCGAACCUCAUAUGCCUAGCCGGUUAUACAUACACCCGGACUCACCGGCCACCGGAGCAGUUUGGAUGAAACAAGUGGUCACUUUUCACAAGCUCAAGCUGACCAACAACAAUCUCGACCAGCACGGCCAUAUAAUUCUAAAUUCAAUGCACAAGUAUCAACCACGCUUUCACAUCGUACAAGCCAACGAUGUAUUCAGUUUACGAUGGAACAGCUUCGUGACCUUUGCCUUUCCAGAAACUGUCUUUAUCGCCGUCACAGCCUACCAGAAUGAAAAAAUAACCCAACUAAAAAUCGACCAUAAUCCCUUCGCCAAAGGCUUUCGAGACAACGGAAUGGCAAGAAGGGGCUCACGGCUAGCUCUCAAGCGAUCCAACUCCAAGAUUGAUGAGAUGGAUGAGGACAAGAAGGACGUAAAUGAUAACACCGGCAGUGACGGAGGAAAGGCAGAUUAUUCGGUGACCAAGAAAGAGAAGUCAGAUUCCUUGCUACUUGGAUCCGACCUUGGAUCGACUACGGGCAGCUCUGGCGGGGAAGCCUCUGGUAGUCAACUGACCUGUACGUCACCGGACAAUAGUCUUGGCUUCAAUGUUGAUUCACUGGGACAUCAGUCAGAGCCAAUGAGUGACGACCUAACGAAAUCACGAUCGAUGCCGAAAACGGGAUCGUCCAUGGGUCAACCGAAGCGUAGGUUGAGCGGUGGAGGCCUUGGUGUGGUUGAUGGCGGCGUUAACGGUUGUGAUGCGAGACUGACGGAUUAUAAUACGGGAAAUGCCAAUGGAAUGGUGGAUACAUUAUCGCCUUGUUACACACAAGACGGUGUCAUGGACGACAACGGACUUGGUUCGGUGCAGCCCGCUACUGCGCUUGCCGUCGCCCAAAUGGCAAAAGACAGUAUUCACCCGAGCUACUCAGCGAGGUCGAUGACAAGCAUGGGUGGAAUGCAAAGUCCCAGUUACUGCUCAGGACAAGGUAUGGGUCUCCAGGGUACGAGUAGCAUGUACAUGCAGUCGUUCGAGCCGCAUACGACGGCGACGUCGAUGUACAACACGAGUAAUACGGGUUAUCACCAUCAUCACUCUUCCAGCGGUCUCGGGAGUCAUCUCCACGCCCAAGCGCAUGCAAGACACCUCGCACAGCAGUCAUCCUUCCCGACAUGCAACAGCAUGUCGUCCAUUCAUGCAUCCGCUCAGUUCCUUCAUCAUGGUAGUCAUAGCAACCCGACAGACGCCAUGAGUAUGAAUAUGAAUAUGCAUAUGACCAAUCACGCGUUCCCAUCACAUUCAAUGAAGUUUCCCGUCUGAGAAAACUUUUAUCAAACAGACUAAUUUGAACUCAAACAGACUAUUCGAAAAACCAUUUUGUAAAUUUAUCCUUGUACAUUUUUUUUAAAUAUAGAUUUGACCUGGAGGUCUUGUCUUAUCAAUGUGAGAAAGUAAGCAUUCGAGGAGAUUUAUUAUUGUUACUUAAUCCGUGUUGAUAAUCUUUCUUUUCUAAUGUUCCGAUUUUGAUAUUUUAUGCAUAAGCUUGGGUAUAUGAUUCAGAAUCAAAGUGUACAACAUGAAUAUUCUGAAAAGAAUAUUGUUAAGAAGUAAAAUUGCAUUGUGUAACCAUUUAAACUGAUUCAUUUAUUUUUGUCAUAAUUGCCCUUUUUUGAGAUACAUUCUUCUAGUUUUUGUAUUAAACUCCGAUCGGUGUAUUUUUUAUCAAUAUAGCACCCUAUAUUAAUACUAGAGUUACUUCUUUCCAAAAAGUAAACUAAAGAUAAGUUUCAAUGGAAAGCUUGCUUUAUGUUCCCUCAGCCCCCCCCCCCCCUCCAUGCUUUGUAAUUUAUACGUCGCUAUCUAUAUGAAGUACAGUGAAACCUGUUUAUAGCGAACACCUGAGGAAAACACAAAAUGUGGCAUUUAUACACAGGUGAUUGAUAUAGAAAUAAGGCCACUAACACUGAUAUGACUAGUAUAAUUGCUUUUAAAUAAAUUCGUGAAAAUUUAAACAAUCCUGAUUAAAUUUACUCUCCUUACCUAAUUUUGUUGUUUAUAUUAGAACUCCUUCAUGUCCUUAUAUUUUUUCUUACUUCUUGCCAUAUUUUUUAAAUCUUCUCUUUCUUCUAAUACCCGUAAACAACUCAAUAUCUGUUUAGAAGGGAAGAAAUUUUCUUCAUCACAAUACCAAUGUUUACUCUUCUUAGAUAUUUUACUGAAAACAGAUGGGAUAGAAAUUAUCGCCCAAUAGUCGUGAUAGUUCAUGUACAUAUCGCUCUUUAAUAGCCGACUUCUAAUUGACUGCAUUUUUGUAUGUUCAUUAGAACUCUUACACACUUUCGUUUAUUAUAUUAUAAUAUCAUAUAUUGCCGUUUUGGUUUGAAAGUUUCAGUCGAAAUCAAGGCAUUUAUUAUCCUGUUGGGAUUUCCUAUGACGUUCUUAGAACUUUAUAAUAGGAUUACUUUUAAUAUUUGGAAGGCAUGAUGGAAUCAUGCACUAUGAUACUCGGGAUUAUAAAUUUUCUUCUCAUUUCAUAGUUUAUACUGGCUACAGAAAAUGCAGAAUACGUAUUCAUGAAUCGUAUAUUUUAUCUUUUUAUUCUUAAGAUUUAUAAUGAUUUUAUAGUUUAAUAUUUUCAUAACUUUCACUAUUUCCAGACAAGGGUUUAACAUAUAGGUGGAAGUUCGGAAUCGCUUUUAAGCAAGCUUUGAUUAUAGAAAUUAUUAUAUUACCCCCCAAAAUUAUGAUUUUGCAUCAUGAUACAUUAGAUAUAAUUUUUCCUCAUAAAUCCCUUGUAUCUUUUACAUUUUUCAAUCAAUAUUUUUCUAAGAUUUUGAGUCUUGUUAGUGGAAUAUUCAAUCUGUAUUUCUAAGGUUUAAACACAGCUUUCAAAAUGAUUUUACUCAGUGUAUACAGUGCAGUGUAUUAAAUUUUAGAAAUGUUUUUAAUUAUGUCCAUUUUAUAAAAUUUAUUAGAAUAAAAAGCGCAAAUGACAAUUUUUCUGAAACUAGCAAACAGUCCUAGUAUGCGAUGAAAUCGCACAAAUAAUCAGUAAAUUUGUUAUGAAUUUAUGUCGCAUUGUCCGGUUUUUUAUGUGAAUGUUCCGUCAAUUAGGAACAUAGUUGUAUUGUAAAUAUUUAUUUUCAAGUCAAAGUAAUGUACACGUUCAUCAUCUGACAACUUAUUUAAGAUAUUCUUUUUAACAAAACCUUGCGCUCAAUUUGUGACGAAAUAAAAUUUAAUAAGAAAGUGAUUGCUGUAAUAAUGAUGUAUGAUUCCUUGCUUUUUCUAUCAUUGUAUCGCUUUUUAUUUGUCUGUGAUGAAUAAUAAAUAUGUUUGAUGCUUUACACAAGGGCUAAGGAAACUGAAAAAAAGGAUGGAAAACUCGAGUAACUCCUACUUUUCUCUUUUCCUUGAUAUUUUAUUUUGUCUCUGCUCUAGUCUAUCAUGUUUAUGUUCAAGAUAUAGAGAUGAGACACCUCAACAAAAGAGUUGUACAGGUAUGUGACAUGAACUGACAUCAACUAUUUAUUUGAAAAAUGUACUGUAUAUUUUGGUCUAAAGGUGUAAGUAGAGUAAUUAUAUCUUUUUAUUUUAAAAACAUAACAACAACAAAACACGUACAUUCCAAGAAUGAAUUCGGUUUGAAAGGUACCGUUUCUUUUACAUCUGACCUUUUCUCUUUCUUCUUAAAUGGGCUUUGAAAGUGCAAUCGUUUAUAACAAUUCUACUCAAAGUAUGAAAUUAUGAGUGUUCAUAAUAUGUUUGUAUUAUUAUCUUUAGCCUAUCUGCUUUAGAAUUAUUGAAUUUGUAUGUAUAUAAUAGGUUUGAUAGCAGAUACGAGAUACAUUUUGCUGUUAUUGUUAUUUGUGAAUAAAUUAACCAAUGAAAUUGA